UGAUCUCCAUCCAUGGCAGUGCAUCUUGAACCCAGUCAAUAUGUCCUCUGUAAUCGACCCAUAUAUCCAGCCAACCUCUUUCCCCCAAUCUGUCUUCUCCUCGUAGCCACAGCUAAUGACAUGAAUGGCCUCUUGGAGCAGAGACGCCGGGCCGGAAGUUUGCACGGUGCCACCUUCCUCCAAAAGGGUCGACCCCACGAACACCGGAGAUUGUCCGAACUUUUUCUGCAACUUCAGCGGCAGCGCAGGUUCAUGGUCAUCAUUUUCAGCAUUCCAGGCAAUCGGGUCAUUGUCAUCAUGGUCUUCCUUGUUCAUCAG